AUGGCUUUCCUGUCCAACGCCAUUCUCGUUAUUUUCGUUUUAGUCGUCACUGCGAUCUUCCUGCCGCAACUCUCGGGGAGUGUGCUUGGCCUCGUCUUCCGCGGUAUAGGCUGGUUGAUUCGCCGACGAACCCGUUCUCGCCGUGAAUAUGUGAUCGCGCGGGCGCGAUUCGAAGAGGAGGAACAUCGGGCACCACGCCCAAAGGCCUCGUCUAACUCUUUGGGCCGGAGCCAAGCCGAGGACGAGGACUGGGAGAAGGUAGAUAGCUCUGGCCCCAGUGGGGUUAACACUACGAGCAGCAGCGAUAGCGAUGCAAGUGGGGAUGACGAGUGGGAUGGUAUUGUUGGUUUCUUUCAUCCAUUUUGUAAUGCGGGCGGAGGCGGCGAACGAGUGCUUUGGGAGGCAGUGCGCGCAACACAAAAGCGCUGGCCCAAGGCGAUUUGCGCAAUCUACACUGGAGACCAUGAGGUGAACAAGACGACUAUGUUGGAACGGGUUGAGAAUCGAUUUAACAUCCACUUGCAUAACCCCACGGUUGUGCUGCUCUACUUGACAACACGAAAGUAUGUUGUUGCCAGCUCAUAUCCAUAUAUGACACUGUUGGGUCAGUCUCUGGGCUCCCUGGUAGUUGCCUACGAUGCGUUUACCCUCCUUGUUCCCGAUGUGUUCGUCGAUACCAUGGGCUACGCUUUUACCCUCGCAAUGUGCAAGUGGCUCUUCCCCGGGGUACCCACUGGCGCCUACGUCCACUAUCCUACCAUUUCGACCGACAUGCUUGCCUCGCUAGACGACAAAACCGGUGUUCAGGGUAUCAACUCCGGUGCUGGCAAAGGUCUGAAGGGCGCCGUCAAGCGCCGAUACUGGCAGCUGUUUGCACAGCUUUACGGCUGGGUUGGCCGACACAUCGAUGUUGUGAUGUGCAACUCUUCCUGGACAGCUGCCCAUAUCCGCACCAUCUGGGGUAAAGACAAGGCCACCACCACGGGCGAGGGAACCGCCUCAUCACCAGCGGUUGUCUUCCCCCCGACAGCCGUCACGGAACUAGAAUCGACAAUCAAAGUCGACACCGAAAGCGAGAAAACACGCCAACCCGUACUCCUCUAUAUCGCACAGUUUCGACCAGAAAAGAAUCAUCCGCUGGUUCUGCGCUCAUUUGCGCGCUUCCUUCAAGAGCGCAAGAACAACCCCGCUUAUGCAAAUAUCCCCCCACCACGCCUGGUUUUGAUCGGCUCGGUCCGCCACGCCAGCCCCGACGAAACCCACAUCUACAACCUCCGCCUUUUAGCCCACGAACUCCGCAUCCGCGACCAGACUACUUUCCUCUGUGACGCGAGCUGGCCUGCCGUACUCUCACACCUUAGUACCGCUUCCGUUGGCGUGAAUGGCAUGUGGAACGAGCACUUCGGCAUCUGUGUUGUCGAGUACCAAGCCGCUGGUUUGAUCUGCGUCACACACGACUCCGGUGGUCCACGCGAGGACAUCGUAAUUGACCUCGGCGAUGGAGCGACGGGUUUCCGCGCCGAGACAGAGGAGCAGUUCGCUGCUGCUUUUGAGGCGGCGCUCGCGCUUCCAGAGGCGGAGAAGGUUGCUAUGAGGCAACGUGCUCGGCGCUCAGCACUUCGGUUUACGGAAGAGGAGUUUUCGCAGAAGUGGCUUGCUCAGGUCACUAAGCUAGUUCAGGCGACACGCUAG